AUGGAGAUCACGAGCAGCACGAUGGUGAAGCCGGCAUACGCCGUGCCGCACCCGCUCGUCGGCGAGAUGGUCCCGCUGACCGUCUUCGACCGCGCCGCCCUGGACAUCUUCGUCCCCACCGUGCUCGCCUACCGCGCGCCGGCGCCGUCCAACGAGGCGCUCAGGGAGGGCCUCCUCAAGGCCGUCGCGCCGUACCCUCACCUGGCGGGCCGCCUCGCCCUCAACGAUCAAGGCCGGCGCUUCCUUCACGUCAACAACGAGGGCGUGCUCCUGAUCGAGGCCACCGUCCCGGUCGACCUGGCGGACGUGCUCGUCGACGGCCGCAUGGCCGCAGGCGUCGAGGAUAUCUACCGGAGGUAUUAUUUGCUGGGUUUUGCUUCUGUCACGACUCACGAGAACAUUGGGGCGGCGCUGCUGCAGAUCCAGCUGAACAGGUACAAGUGCGGUGGCCUCGUGGUCGGCAUAUGCUCCCACCAUCAAGCCGCCGACGGCCACUCCAUGAGCAUGUUUUUCACCGCCUGGGCAACCGCUGUACGCGAGGGAAAGGACUUCACCACGCCGGCCCCAUUCCUCGACCGUGCGAGAACGUCCGUGCCUCGAAGCACGCCGACGCCGGUGUUCGACCACCGGUCACGGGAGUUCACGUGUGGAGACGGAGACACCUAUGCCGUCGUCCCCAUGGACAGGAUCAGAAACCUCACUCUGCACUUCACGGCCGAGUUCGUCGCCGACCUCAAAGCCCGUGUCGGCGCCCGCUGCAGCAGGUUCCAGUGCCUGCUCGCGCACGUCUGGAAGAAAAUCACGGCGGCGCGGGACCAGAAGCCGGAGGAGUUCACCAAGGUGAGGGUGGCCGUGAACUGCCGGGGCAGGGCCGACCCUCCCGUGCCAAUGGACUUCUUCGGGAACAUGGUGCUCUGGGCUUUCCCAAGGCUUCAGGUCAGGGACGUCCUGAACUCGAGCUACGGCAGCGUGGUCGGCGUCAUCCGCGACGCCGUGGCGCGCAUCGACGACGAGUACGUGCAGUCCCUCGUGGACUUCGGCGGGGUGGCGGACACGAACGGGGAGGAGCUCUUCGCGACGGCGGCCACGGCCGGCACGAUGUUCUGCCCGGACGCAGAGGUCGACAGCUGGCUGGGGUUCAGGUUCCAUCAACUCGACUUUGGCACCGGGGCACCGUCCGCUUUCAUACCGCCGGACUUGCCUAUCGAGGGGCUCAUGGUCUUUGUGCCGUCGUGCAAGGCGAACGGCGGCGUCGACCUCUUCAUGGCCGUCGCGGAGGAGCACGUCGCCGCGUUCGAGCAGAUCUGCUACUCGUUCGAUUGAUCGAGAUUUAUGAUCUUGUAGUAGCUAUAGUAUAGCAGCCAUCCCAGUGGCGCUAUUA